UUACCUUAAAACCGUGCCUCAUCGGCAGCAUUGACAACGUCCGGUGGAUAGCCGCUUUGCACUGCCCGUUAGCCAGUUAGCCUUUUUAACGCCCCUUUUCAACGCCAAGUCAUUCGUUCUACCAUUCCACCCGUCACCAACCUUGGUCGACAUGGACAAAGUCCCGGGGUCGCCUCGAAAUGAUGCCAGUGCGACUUCGACUCCUCCUGAAGAACCUCAGAGCCCAGCGUCCGCCGACCUGAGUGCCGGCACGAGGAGGGAGAAGGGACGUGUACGCUUCAACAGUAUCGCCGGCACCGAGCCCCCGUCUUUCCUGGACUUGUCGGGAAUUUCGGCGACACAAGCACGCCACGAUGGCGCAUCGCUCCCACCGCGACCUCGGCCUUCGGUGUUGCGUGGGAAUUCAUAUAACUCGGUGACCAGUAUUCCCGAAUCCGUGGACAACGAUGAUCCCGCUUCCGAGAAAGCGCUGUCGGCGUACGCGGCCCAGGAACGUGCCCAGCAAGUGGCCGCUACUCUACUAGGCUCCCGGUCUGCUCCGGGGUCGACUAGGACGUCUCUAGACUCGGAAGCCGAGACAGUGAAUAGCGGCGGCGUGAAUGAUAUGCCCCCGGGUUUUCCUAACAUCACCCUUGACGAGUUUCCUAUGCAGGUUCCGGACAUCAAUGGCGACGCGCAGAAGAAUACGUCUGACGAACACCGUGCUCUCAAAACCGAGGCAUACAAUCUCGUUCGAUCCCACACGCAGAGGAACAACCGCGGAGUGUAUCACCAACCAACGAUCAGCACCGCUCUCAGCUCCGGUCAGAUAACACCGAUCGAUGGACCAAAGCACGAGCUCUACGUACCACCACCAUCAGAGUACCGCCCUAGUGUUCUAUCCAACCUCCUAAAGCUAUAUAAGCCACCUGAAUCAACCCUCUCUCCUAACUACCCGCACAGCCGGAAAUCCGAGCAUGGAAGUGAAUUUACUACUCCAGGUUCCUCGGGAGCUACGACACCGAAUCGACGGAAAUGGUACGAGAAGAAUCGUUCUCAAGACACUCUGGCUAACCUGGUGGAAGCAUCUGCGCGCCUUGCUAGUGCCGGGGUCAGCGGGGACGGGCCGUCAGCGACCAGCUCGAGACCGAAACGACCUAAACAUCGACGAAGUCCUAGUGGACGAAUGUUGAGUUUUGGCCGUCCACGAAUGGAAGAUGAAAUCCGCAUAACUAUGCAUAUCGCGGAAACAUUGACUCGUCAAAAGUACAUCAUCAAGAUGUGCAAGGCUCUCAUGCUAUUCGGCGCUCCAACACACCGUCUCGAGGAGUACCUGAGGAUGACAGCAAGAGUUCUUGAGAUCGAUGGCCAAUUCCUUUACUUACCUGGCUGCAUGAUUAUUUCUUUCGACGACCGGUCGACCCAUACAACGGAGGUAAAGAUCGUCCGCACUAAUCAGGGGAUUGAUCUUGGGAAACUCCGGGACACCCACGAGAUAUACAAGCUAGUCCUCCAUGACAAGAUAGACCUAGAAGAAGCCAUCGAGUCCAUAUCAAGAAUAACGGAGGAGAAGGACAAAUUCCACCCAUGGCUCAGGGUUUUGGUAUUUGGCCUAGCUAGCGCAACAGUCGCGCCGUUUGCUUUCGACGGGCAAUUAAUCGAUCUGCCGAUCUGCUUUUUCCUCGGCUGCCUUGUUGGGACUUUGCAGAUCAUAGUGGCCCCGAAGUCCGAUCUCUACAACAACGUAUUCGAAAUAACCGCCGCCGUCUUAACGAGUUUUUUGAGCAGAGCCUUUGGCAGCAUCAGGGGCGGAAAGCUGUUUUGCUUCUCGUCGCUGGCGCAAAGCUCCAUAGCGCUAAUUCUCCCCGGUUGGUUCGUCCUAUGUUCUGCUCUCGAGCUUCAAUCUCGUGCUUUGGUCCCCGGUUCCAUCCGCAUGGUUUAUGCUAUUAUCUAUUCGCUAUUCCUCGGUUUUGGAAUCACGGUCGGAACAGCGCUCUAUGGCCUGAUGGAUCCUAAGGCGACCUCGGCGACGACUUGUUUAAACCCGAUACCUACCUACUACCGAUUUCUUUUUGUACCACUCUUCACUAUGUGUCUUGCCUUCGUCAAUCAGGCAAAAUGGAAGCAGAUGCCUGUAAUGGUAGUGAUCGCCUUCGCCGGUCACGUCGUAAACUUCUUCAGCAGCCCUAAAUUUGCUGCUAGCCCUCAAAUAGCCAACACAUUGGGCGCCUUUACCGUUGGGGUCCUGGCCAACCUGUAUUCGAGGCUGAGACAUGGCGUAGCCGCCGCCGCACUUUUACCAGCCAUCUUCGUGCAAGUACCAAGUGGCCUGGCAGCAACAGGAAGCCUGUUAAGUGGGCUAAGCACAGCAAAUGAGCUGAACAACUCGACGGAAGUCGUUAAUGGCACUAGCACUGUCACGAUCGAUAACAGUCAACCCCUUGAUACGAUAGUGUUCAAUGUUGCUGCCUCGAUGAUCCAAAUAGCUAUUGGUAUUACCGUGGGCCUGUUUCUGAGCGCGUUGGUUGUCUACCCGCUUGGGAAGCGCCGGAGUGGCUUAUGGACCCUCUGAAGUUCCACAAUAUCUCCCCUCCUUUCCUGUAGGGUUUCAAGUAGGCGUUCGUGUGGCGGCAAAAGCAAAAUGUUUUGGUUAGAAAGCGAGUAUUGGGUAACAAACAUCACUCUA